AUGCUCUCAACAACUGCAACAUACCUUGUUAGUUUGCAGUUUCAGGAGCAAUUGAAGAGUAAAGAUUUAGCACAUGCACUUACCGAUUUCCCGUAUUAUCCACCGCUCGAUGCAUCUGUAUCCAAUAGUCUACGACCGAUCGGUGAUUCUUCUGAUGGUGCAUUCAAAAAAAUUAAAGCAGAAAGCAAUAGUUGCAACGCAUCAUCAGUGUUUGCAAGUGCUCUUUCAGGUAGCUCUCAAGUACCUGCCAGCGUACGAAGACGACAUCGUACGACAUUCACGCAAGAACAGUUAGCAGAACUCGAUGCUGCAUUCCAAAAAUCACACUAUCCAGAUAUUUAUGUUCGUGAGGAACUUGCUAGGAUUACAAAAUUGAAUGAAGCACGAAUUCAGGUUUGGUUUCAAAAUAGGCGUGCAAAGCAUCGUAAACAAGAAAAACAAUUAUCAAAAGCUUUGGUACCACAGACGGUAUUUCCAUCACAAAGUGCCGCAGGUCAAAUUAUGCGAACGCCAAUGUAUCCAUCCACUGCCGCUAUGUCUGCUCGAGCUGCUGCUGACUCUUUCUGGUAUCAGCCAUAUCCAGUAGCUCAUCCGAUGACCUAUCCUGCAGCUUCUGCUUAUGGAGCUGUACCAAGUGCUCAUACUUUCGGCGCACCAAUGCCUACGUAA